ACUCGUAUCCAUUACCCGCCAAACUUCCUCUUCUUCCAUCUUCAUCUACACAAUUUGAAUCAAUGUCAUCUCUUGAUGUAUCCUCACAUGUUUCUCUCUCUAGAAUUCUUUCUCUCUUCGCUCCAGUAUCCAGAUUCUCUCAAUCUUCUUCGCUCUUCCUCCCAACUUCCUCCUCCAAUCCAUCUCUGUGUCUAUCAGCCGUAUCUCUUCACCGCCGCCGUUGUAAAGCCACUAUUCCAUCGUGUAGUCCAUCUGAAGGAGAGUUUGAAGCAAUAGAGUUAGCGGAAAUUGAAGAUGAUGCGGAGUCUGAUUUUGAAGAUUUAAGUGAUGAAAACUUGGAUGUGGAUGAGCUCGAAGUGGAGGCGGAAAUGGCCGUUCGUGAAUACUCGCUUUCUUUAUCUAAGGAAUUGAAAAUCGAAGAGGAGCCGAUUGAUGAAAAAGAAACUCGUGGAAGAAGGAAGAUGCGUGAAAGUAUCAAAGUCGUGAAUAUACCUGAUCAUCUUCUUCCAAAGGUUUCAAUUGUUGGAAGACCAAAUGUUGGCAAAUCAGCAUUAUUCAACCGCCUUGUUGGGGGAAACAGGGCUAUUGUGGUUGAUGAACCUGGGGUUACUAGGGAUAGGUUAUAUGGUAGAGCCUUUUGGGGAGACAAAGAAUUUAUGGUGAUUGACACAGGAGGUGUUCUCAAAGUUUCAAAGUCACAGACUGAUGUUAUGGAACAACAAUUAUCUGUUUCAACAACAAUUGGCAUGGAAGGUAUUCCACUUGCUUCCAGAGAGGCUGCUGUUGCCAGGAUGCCUUCAAUGAUUGAGAGACAAGCUACUGUGGCUGUAGAAGAGUCAUCAGUCAUCAUAUUUGUAGUUGAUGGACAGGUAGGCCUGAAUGCAGCUGAUGUGGAAAUAGCAGAUUGGCUCAGAAAGAAUUAUUCAAAUAAAUGUAUUAUAUUAGCUGUUAAUAAGUGUGAGUCUCCACGAAAAGGAAUAAUGCAAGCAUCAGAGUUUUGGUCUCUUGGAUUCACACCACUUCCUAUAUCAGCUAUUUCUGGAACAGGGACCGGUGAGCUUCUUGACUUUGUUUGCACAGGCUUAGGAAAAACCAAGGAUUCUGAUGUUGAAAACAAAGAAGAAGAAGAAAACUACAUUCCUUCAAUUUCAAUUGUAGGGAGACCAAAUGUUGGGAAAAGCAGCAUUCUCAAUGCUUUAGUUGGUGAAGACAGAACAAUUGUUAGUCCUGUUAGUGGAACCACACGUGAUGCUAUUGACACCGAGUUUGAAGGACCAGAUGGCCAGAAAUUUCGUUUGAUUGAUACUGCUGGAAUUAGGAAAAGGGCAGCAGUAGCUUCAUCAGCAUGUAUCACAGAACAGGAUUACAAGAUUGCAGAAAGGAUAGAAAAGGAAGGCAAAGGUUGUCUAAUUGUUGUCAACAAGUGGGACACAAUUCCAAAUAAAAACCAACAAACAACAUUACAUUAUGAGGAAGACGUUAGAACAAAGCUUCGUAUUCUUAAUUGGGCACCUAUCGUUUAUUCAACUGCAAUAACUGGAAACAGCGUUGACAAAAUCAUUGUUGCUGCAAGUGCGGUUGAAAGCGAGAGAUCAAGAAGGCUUAGCACAGCCACUUUGAAUCAAGUCGUUCAUGAAGCUUUAGCUUUUAAAUCACCUCCAAGGACUAGAGGUGGAAAAAGAGGACGCCUCUAUUAUUGCACUCAGGCAGCUAUUAGGCCACCUACAUUUGUUUUCUUUGUGAAUGAUGCAAAGCUUUUCCCUGAAACAUACCGCCGUUACAUGGAGAAACAAUUAAGAUCCGAUGCUGGAUUUUCCGGUACUCCAAUUCGUCUUUUAUGGCGCAGCCGUAAGAAAUCCGAGAAAGAUUUUGGGCAAGGUCCGGUGUCAAAACCGAAACCAAACUUCACGCAUAAGAAGUUGGUUGUAGCUACAUGAUCUAUCAAUCUUGAAGAGAAAAAGUGAGGAUAAAUCCAUGCUAGUUUUGCUUGAUAACAAUCUCGUGUUGUUCAAAGGAAUACACAUAACUUGAUUUUGAUCAUAUCGCAACUUUUGCAUAUGUUUCAGAAUCAGAUGUAAGUAAGCAGCCC